GUAUUUUUUGAAAGUUGAAAAGUGGGAGAGGUUAGAUGUAGAAAUUUGAGAUAUUUUUCAUAAUUAAUUCAUUUUAUCAAGGGGAAAAAUCUGUUGAGUCUAGAAAGGUGGAAUAAGAGGAGAGAGGGAUGCUGACUGUAGAAGAGCCUCACCCAUCAGGCAUCCCCAUCUUCAUUGAUUCAGGGAUUUGAGAAGCGGGCUUCUUCCUUUUCCGACUACAGUUUUUCUCGAUUACCGGCAAAGGGGAUUUUAGGUUGCAUUGUCUUGGGGAAGUACUAGAAAGAUGCAGAAAUUGGGUGACUUGAAGCUACCCAACUUCUUCAAUUAUCCACCAUACUUCACUUUGCAGCCGGUAAGGGAUACCCGAGAGAAGCAGGUACAACUUUGGAAGGAACUUAUUCUCGACUAUUGUAGAACUCAAAAGAUAUUUGUAAUUGGACUGGAAGAAGAAUUUCCUCUGUUCUCGAAUCCUGUUAUUGAAAGAACCCUCAGUCAUGAAGCUAAGGAGGCAUUCCUCUCAGCCUUAGUUGCAGAAGGACGUGCUGAGUGGAUGGAUAAAGGGCAUAAAAAAUGUCUCAUUCUCUGGCACCGGAUUCAAGAUUGGGCUGACCUUAUUCUGCGCUUUGUGAGAGAAAAUGGAUUGGAGGACAGUGUUAUGACAGUUGAGGAAAUACGUUCAGGGACUGAAUCUCGAGGAACAGAGCUUCAUGGGAUGGACCGGACAGUUCUAAUGCGAGCCCUGAAACAGCUAGAGCACAAGGGUAAGCUUGCUAUCUUCAAGGGAACUUCAGCUGAUGAUGAGGGCGUGAAAUUCUCUCUAUAACUUCAUUUCUCUUCAUCUCUUCCAGACUUUAUCUUAUACAAAACCAUGAAGCACACCCUUUUAAACAUAGAGAACUGCAUUCAAAUCAUUAUCCGCAUGACGCACACAUUGUUUCUUUCAUGCUUUCUAAAUAAAUGGCAAAGUGAUUCUCUCA